GGGGGAUGGGUGGUGGCGGCGGCGGGAUUGGCCAGGCCGCGCGCAGGUCACGGAGGAGCAGGAACUUCAGCCCCUUCCGCAAACCAAGACCCGCCAGCUAGAGCCGCCGCCCAAUCCCUUUCGGCUGAAGUCUUCCUCCGCCGCCCCGGCGCCGCCCGCUCGCACUCGCUGUGGAACCCGCGGCGGAAGGGGCGGAGGGGCCGCGCGGCGCUGCGUCCGGGAGACGUUUUUCUAGGGGCACUGUUAUUUGUGACCGCAAUGAAAAAUGUAGACAGUGAUGAUCUGGUAACUGGCACAUUUCCCAAGCUCAAGAGCUCAAAAAAAUGGCUGGAGCCCAAGCCCCUUUGUUUUAUGGAGGUCUUAGCUAAAGAAGAUACUGAUACAGCUAUUCAAUCAAUAUUAUACAGAGAAAAUUAUAUAACUAAGGAACUAGAUAAGUAUUUACAACAUCAAGCCUUCUUAAAUGCAAGAAGAAAGGAGAUGUUAUAUAAAAGAUGGGUUGACCACGUGGCACAUCCUCUUCAGAAGAAAAUUAUAGAAAAAGUUUGCUCACAUAAGAAGAUUAAAAAAAGGAGACAAGAGGAAUCAGACAGCUUUAUAAAAUAUGUAAAUAAAAAGGGAAGUGCAUUUAUAGAACAUUACGAUCCAAAGGAGUAUGAUCCCUUUUAUAUGAGCAAUAAGGACCCCAAUUUUCUGAAGGUUACCAUCCCACCAUUUCGUGACCCUUUGAAAAAAGCACAAUAUGACAAGGAUAAUGAAAAAAGAACUCUUCUUCAGUGUGAGACUGGCAAAAUGUAUACAAUAAAAGAAUUCAAAGAAGUUGAGAAGGCUCAGCUGCAUUCCAGAUUCCCACAAAUUUCUAAUUCAAGGAACUUUAUGACUCCAAAUGAGUGGUUAAAACUGCCUACAGGAUACAUAGAAAGUGAAUUUUGUAAAAGGAGAAGGUUAAAGGUGAAAGUGAAUUUUAACAACUGUAGUUUUGAUCUGAAACCCUUGGCAAGAACUCCUUCUCUUCUGGAAUCCCAGGAAGAAAGAAAAGCAGUUAUUUACAAAAACAAAGGGUCAUCCUGUCUAGAAAAAGAACCGUUGUGUUAUCAAAAGGCGAAGAAUCCAAGUGCCAAAGAGGCCACCUCUGAAGGGCAUUUUUCGUCCUUGAGCCUCAGCCAGGAGGUGGAACAGGAGGAAGACCAGGAUGGGUCCCCUUCCUCCGGGUUGGGGCUACUGAGGCUGGAGCUACAAGAAAGAAAAGGGAGGUUUUAGCAACCAAGGAGCACACAUCCUGAUCCUUGAUUGGUGAAAGGAUACACAAAAUAAGGCUGCUUCAGAGGAAGUUGUUUGCUUGCGGGAAUCAGGGUGAAGGCCAAGGAAGGCACUCAAGAAUUGUGUCUCUAAAAAAAACCAUCUGCAACAAACUUCAAUUAUUAAGUUCAGUGUCUGUGAUAAUUAAGAAAUGGCAAUACCAUGUAUUUUCCCCAGAAGUUAAGAAAUAUUGCCGAAUGAACCAAUAAAAUUAAUUAUAGCUACCU